UCGUCGUCGCCGGUGUGUGGCGUCGCGAUGUCGUUGUUGGUCGUGGUUUGAACCAUCCACUACACACAGUACGGUCGGUCAGUCGUUUGCGUACCGCCGUUCGAUCGCGAUCAUUGCAUUUUGAACUUCUCUUGGCGUGGUGAGGGGUCCUCAGUGGUUCAGUCGCCCGCACGCGGCGCGAUUUGUUAUCAAACAUCAACGUAGAAAUUUACGCGUGGGGUGGAUGUGUGGAUGUCGGUGAGUGAGGGUCCGGUUUGCGCGCGUUCGGGUCCAGUCCGCGAAGGUGUUAACGACGUGACGCGGAAAAGUGCGAUAUAUGGAACGUGAUGUGAGAGGAACGACUCGCGGCAGCAGAAAGCAGUAGCAGCGCGCAUAUGUGCAUAUGGAAGCCGCGUCCGUUGUUGUUGGACCGUUAAUGGGUUCAACAAAUGACACCGUCAUCAGAAUUCAUGUUUCGGGUUGUGGUGGAUGCACAAUGAAAGGGUUCGCCGGAAUUGAGGCGUAGGCGCACGUUGAUGAGGACAACUUUCCAAAGUGCGAUGGAAUUGUUACGAGCAUAAUGUUGUGUGCGCUGUGGCGAUUGUUUCGAGUGAUAUGCUAAUGUUCAGGCAUUUGGGUUGAAUCUGAUGGACUUCGCUUGUUUUUGAAUCAUUAAUCCAAUUUCGUUGCAGUCAUUUCAAAACCUGUGUCAACGGAAUGUGUUGAACGCAUGACUGAUUUCGAUAGCAAUCAUAAAGCAAGAAAGCAGCAAUUUAUGAGGAAAUGCCCUUUGUGCCAGUAUACUAAUAAGUGAUGCGCUUCGUGCAACCGACAUAAUGCGUGGGUGAGAUCGCUCAAAAAGAAGUGCAAGCGAAGUGCGUUGAAUUACGGUUUGGAAAUUCGAAGUGUAUUAUUGGUUCGUCAUCUCGUGGUGGUGGGUGGAGGCGUUGAUUGAUGAUUGCCUUCCCCGAAGAAGGAAACAUGAGUAUCGGUGGAUACCGGCCGCAGCACCGUGGACGGAACCGGUUCCCAUGUAGGAGACCACCUCAGCGCCUUAUGGCGUCGUCGUCAUCUUCGGCACAAUCAUCUGUUGGAGUUGAGAGGAGACGAACCGCUAGUGUCAUCGCCAGUAUGGGGCAUCAAUCAAGAUUUCACAUCAUCUCGUGUCUAGUCCUGUUACACACAAUCGCCUCUUGCUGCGGAGCUGAAUUCAUGACAGCGGGAAUCGCCGGCGGAGGCCUCCGAACGUCGGUCAACACUCCUCAGAAGGGCCAAAGCAUCCUCCCUGCAUUCCCUAGCACCGAGUCAACCGUACUUAGGAUAGUUCCAACCGAUAUUGUAGUCAUCAGUAACACCAACACUAGUGAUAGUAGCAUAAGCAGUAGCAGUAGCACAUCUAACAACCAAAGAACCACAAAACCCGACACGAUUAACCAAGAUAGCGCCAAGGAAGCUUUCGGAGUCACGUGGAGUACGCUGAAGUAUGUUAACAAAGGGGAACUGGGUAAGAAACGAUUCGACAAGAAGGUCGCUCAGAUUACCCCGGCCGUAGAUUUGGGAGACUGGCAAUGUCCGAAUAUCACACAGAACGCCAAUUUGGAAUGUGGAUGCGAUAUGCCUCAUACGUUGCGAUGCCGUGGAGAUCUACACGGGCUGGAGUUGAUCGCCGAAGGUCUGAGAUCGUCUCGUUAUUCGGUGUCACUGUUGGAUUGCACUUUGAAGAACGUGACGGUGAUAAAUGACGCGAAUAUUUUUGAAGGCGUUUCGCUACAAGGCCUCGUGAUUUCGUCGGGUGAGAUCAAGCGGGUGAAUCGUCAAGCAUUUGCUGGGAUUAAGAAUUCUUUACAGGCAUUAGGGUUACCAAAUAACGCAUUGACUAGUGUACCAAUGCAGGCGUUGGCUGCGUUGCCUCAGCUAGAUCGAUUGGAUCUAUCCAACAACAAGAUCAAAUCAAUUCAAAGUACGGAUUUCAUUUCGGUUUCGAAACUAUCAUACUUGGAACUGAGCGAUAAUCAGGUUUCAUUGAUCGCCCCGAAAAGCUUCCUUCCCAUUCGCAAUCUGAUCCACCUCAAGCUCAACGGAAAUCGACUUGGAGAAACGCCGGAAACCAUGAAGUCCCUGGAGUCGUGCCUUAACCUCAGAGAGCUGGAUCUACGAUCGAACACUAUUCGAGGACCACUGAAAAACACCACUCUUCCGAUCAUCAAAGGCCUUGAAAUCCUAAAUCUGGAUAAAAACUCCAUCACCAGCAUACAAAAUGGGGCGCUGGAAGGUCUAGCCUAUCUUCAGAUGCUCUCCGUCCGCCACAAUCAAAUAGAUGUCCUACAGGACCACGCCUUUUCCGGACUUGCAUCGCUCCAGGUCUUGGAUCUAGGCCACAACGGGAUCGUAGCCAUAUCUGGGUCAUCCCUAAAACAUCUCCCACGUCUGAUCGUUCUCGAUCUUACGCACAAUUUCCUCCGAGCGCUAACCGCAGACAUCGUUGCUCCGUUACCGUCACUCAAGGAACUUCGUCUCGAUGGGAACGAUAUCUCGAUCAUUGCGCAGAACGCCCUGUACAAUGCGUCCUCGCUGCAUAGCCUCUCCUUGGAGAACAACCCACUUGCGUGCGAUUGUUCAAUGAAACCAUUUGUUGAAUGGUUGUCCACGUCGAGGAUCGCUUCACAGGACGUGUUGGGUGCGGUCUGUGCCACACCUCCCCAUUUGGAAGGGGCUUCCUUGCUGCAGGUUUCGACUGAUUCGAUGAACUGCAAUGGAAACGGUGAGAACAAGGAAAAGGCCGACGAGAGUACGUUCAAGACCAUCGAGGUAAUGCUCAAGCUGAAGAACAAUAUGUCUUACAUAAGGGAAAUCAGUCCGGAUGUUCAACUGAAGGGGAUUAAUUUCACCGAUGAGAGCGAUGUUCUGCUAUAUUGGAGGAUGCAAACGGAUGAGUAUUCUUGCCGGUUCGUGUACGUGUUCCAUGAUGAUGAUCCAGAGAAUAUUCUGUACAAUUCAGAGGUGUCUUGCAAUCAUUUACCAGAAACGGCUAACGCUACAGACUACAUUUUCCUGACCAAACUGAUAGGGGCGUACGAUCUUCAGAGUGAGCUCAGCUACAAGUUCUGCCUGAUCAUGAAGGAAGACAUCUCGAAAGAUGAAUACCUCGGGGCCUGCCAAGUGACUGUACUUCCACCGCCUUUCCUGAACCGAUCGAAAGCGAAAUCCAUCAAAAAGGAACUUUUCCCGGGCAGUUCGGUUCCCAGCACCAGCGAAAGUGACAUCUCCGAUAUGAACCGCAUCGCGGAAAGUGAUCGUCGAAAUGACAAAGACGAAACCGAUACAGUGGAGGACGGUGGAGCCGGAGAAUCCGACUCCUACUACGACGAGCUACUGAUGACGCGGAUGGCUGAUGAUCCCGAUCUGGCGAUUAACCGGAUGCGCCUGGAAGAGGAUGCUGCUGCUCGGAUGCCCUCGGUUGCAGUCAGCAGGAUAGUGUUGGAGGGUUUGGGAGCGUUCAUCGUGGUGACCAGUUUGAUGGCAUUCAUUUGGGGCUUUAUAAGGCUUAAAAGUGGACGGAGUAAUAUGCCGUCGAUGAGCACCUGCUACACGGUGGACGAUCGAAGGGGUCCACUGCAUGAGGUUGAGAGCAGGAGUAGGUAUUUCAAACUGCAAGCCACGACGAGUUUAUGAUGAGAAAUGAAUGCAUGAGUAGAAUGAUUGUGUA